GAUACUUUCACAUAACAGACACGCAUUAACAUGUAUCACGAGUACCGGGGAACUACCGAUAGUGCUGGUGGAGCUUCGGAAGACGAAGGGGGUAGUGGAGCUUCGGAAGACGAAGGUGGUGGUGGAGCUUCGGAAGAAGAAGGUGGUGGUGGAGGAGGAGGUGGUGGUGGACGACAACCUGGAGGUGGACGACAGCCUGGAGGUGGACGACAGCCUGGAGGUGGACGAUGUGGACGACCUCCUGGAGGUGGACGAGGUGGACGACAGCCUGGUGGUGGACGACAGCCUGGUGGUGGACGACAGCCUGGUGGUGGACGAGGUGGACGACCGCCUGGACGUCGGUGUGGAGGUCUUCUUCGGUUAUAGUCAUCAGAUUCUUCUACGU